AUGAAAGAGGCACAAGAAGAGGUAAGAAGAGUUUAUGGAGGCAAAGGAUAUGUAGAUGAAUCACAACUUCACCAACUAAAAUAUUUAGGUGCUGUCAUUAAAGAAACCUUAAGGUUACAUUCACCUGGGCCAUUGUUAGCUCCAAGAGAAAACUACGAGAGUUGCGAAAUUAAUGGAUAUGUGAUACCUCCUAAGACAAAGAUUAUUAUUAAUGCUUGGGCCAUUGGAAGAGAUCCCAAGAAUUGGACUGACCCAGAGAAGUUUGAACCAAAGAGGUUUCUUGAUACAAUGGUUGAAUACAACUUCAAAGGUUCAAAGUUUGAGUAUAUCCCAUUUGGUGCUGGAAGAAGAAUAUGUCCUGGAUCAACAUUUGCUACGCCUAUUCUAGAGUUGUUACUUUCCAAUUUACUUUACCAUUUUAACUGGAAACUACCAAAAGGAAUGAAGGUUGAGGAAUUGGACAUGGAGCAGCCAUUUGGUGCCGCAGUAAGGAGGCAAAAUGAUCUGAUUUUAGUUCCUAUUGGCUAUUCCCCUUGA